UGGUGUUAUUACAAUUUUAACAUCGGCAAAUUCAUCCUAUGUAACCUAAAUGCAACAAUCUCACUUAAAUGGCAUGAUCAAGUGAAAGAGAUCCAAUGUCUUCAGCAAAGAAAAGGGGUGAGGAACUGCGCCUGCAGGGAAAUGCAUGCGUAAAGGAGGGCAACUACACUGAGGCCGUACUUCACUACAGCCAUGCCCUGCAGUGUGACCCAGGGGACCAUCUCGUGUACAGUAACCGCUCCCUAGCCUUCUUACGCCUACAGCAGUACUACCUUGCACUGCAGGACGCACACACCGUCAUCAGGCUCAAUCCCAAGUGGUCCAAGGGUUAUUUCCGAAAGGGUGAGGUAGAGUACCAGGCAGGCCACUAUAAUGAGGCUCUUCUUUCCUAUGGGCGGGCAUUUCUCAUGGAGCCAAGCAGUGAUGAAGCCAAGCAGGCAGUCAAUAAGACCAACUUCCGCCUUCAGGAACAGGUCAAUAGGCGUCGUCUUGAUCCGUGGUUGUACUGUGGGUGUGGAUCACUGCUGGGUUUACUGAUAGUGGCAGCAGACCAGUACCUGGCAGCCAAGCCUUCUAUGCAUAACAUUGUGAUACAGGUCCUAUUGGUUGUUGUAUUUGGUUGCCUAGGUUACCUUGUUCUCACGAUAGUAAGCUACAUUCGACAGUCGGAGAUACGAUCACGCCUUGACCCACCUCCUGAUCUUCUCUCAGCCAUGGACCAAAAGUCGGAGACCCCAUCCUCUGGGAGUGAGGCCAAUGGGGAGGAGCCCAGUCCCCAGGGAGGGGCAACAGCACCAGGUCACACCCGCAGGAAGGGUGGGACUGGGGCUGCCAGACAAAGAUACAAGAAGGGCAAGACCUGACAACUGUCACCACCCACUUGAACAGGAGAGUCAUUUUUUUGGUGCAUUCUUUUUAAAUCAUCUUGUUUCUGUUCAUUUUGCACAUGUUUUGUAUUUCUUGAAUUGUUUGUUAUUUCAAUAAAAGUUGACAUUUUG